GUUGAUAUCUUCUGCACUGCCCUAUGUUGACAAAGUCCAACUGUUCACUCCGUAGGUUCACGGUCGAAGAUGGUCGAUCCGUCUGUUAAAAUCCCCCUGAAUGUUUCAAGCCUCGUGGGCAUGGUUUUUCCGCUGCUCGCAGUGUAUUUCGUUACUGCGUUCCUGGUGAUCUUUCCUGGAACGGUUGUCUGGCGACGAUCUCUUCUACCUUUCACGCUUUGGUUUGGGCUCCGCGUGGGUGCUUGCUUGGACGUCUCUGGCGGAGACCCCAUCAAGGCACAGGCGAACCAAUCGCAUGCUCUUUUCACCUUCAUGAUCGUGAUGCGCUGCAUUGUAUGGGCAGUCUAUAGCGACCAAGUUCGGCCCAUACCAGGUACCACUGCGGAUGCGAACGUGAAGCGGGCGUCGUUGAGGGCUGCCCUGCAGAAUGCGUGCGAUCUGGCAUUGGGUUUCCGCGAAUUGAGUUGGCAGGGCCCAUCCAAACCAAGAACUCUUCUCCAGGUCCCUCCGUCUCAGCAAAGGCUCCCUUUUUUAAGGGGUAGAAUUCUUUCCGUGAUCUUACAUCUCAUUCUGGGUGAUGCGCUACUAUUUGCGUUGCAAUCGUUCUCGCCCGAGCUUAGCACUCCAGGGGGAGGGUCCGUAUUUGACCCUUCUUUUCCCGCUUCGUGGAGAUACCUCAGAUCGACUACAAUGACCUUUCUUUUCGGCACGCUGAUCUACGUGACUACUCGCACAGUCUACGAUGCUUUCAGCGUACUUGCCAUAUUGAUUCUUCGACAAUCACCCUCGCAAUGGCCUCCGUUGUUUUUUGACCCCUGGAAGGCCACCUCGUUGACGGAACUCUGGGGCGACAGAUGGCACCACCUGAACCGCAGCUAUAUGGUUGCACUAGGAGCCAAGCCGGUGUCUCGCAUUUUCGGGCGAGCAGCAGGAGUUCUGGGUGCAUUCACCAUCUCUGGCCUCAUGCACGACCUUGGUUUAAGAGCUGUGGGAAGAGGAUCUGACUUUGUUGCAAUAUUUGGGUUUUUCUUUAUGAUGGGAGUUGGGGUUGUCAUGGAAUCUACAUGGAGGUCUAUGAGUGGCCGACUUCCUUCGGGCCUUGGGGGGCGGUUAUGGAUCUUGAGUUGGUUGGGGCUCUGGGGAAAUCGGGCUGCGGAUGCUUGGCUGACGAGGGGCGCAGUUGCUUCGGGUCUUGUUCCAGAACCAUACCGGCCAUUCAAAUUGGUUUGGGCCUUUGUCACAGAGUCUUAGGUUAUUUUGUGUUGGCUCCGUUGACUUAAUCUACUCCGCCACGUUCUAGAGGCGCUAUAAACUGACUUAGUGCCACCCCCUCUUGAAUGAAUCGCCGUAGCUUUUUUGCG